AUGCCUAUGGAUAUCCCAAUCAUCAGAGAGGGAGAUCACAGUGAGCCUUUACCUGCACCUGCUGCCCCGAAGAAAAAGCCAGGAGCCCGGUCCAAGGCUUUGAAGCAGAAGCAGCAGAACAUCUCCGAUUACAAGAUCAUUUGUGGCCCCAAAGGCAAGGGUAAGGAGUUUUCCAAAGACCUCCAAGAGAUUGAGUAUGAGUUUUUUGGCACCAUGGACCCCUACUUGCGCCCCAUGAGAUUCACCAAUUUCAAGAAGUACAAGUUGAUCCAGAUGAAUUUCAUCCGGAGCAUGAUGCUUGAGAAAGGCUGGCAUGUUCGGAGGAAAAUUAAUGGGGCUUGUCCGCAAUGGGUCAAGCGCUGCUGA